UUUUGUGUCAUAUUCAGCAGCAGGAUAUGGUGUGAUUGAAAAUAUACGCAGAGUCCAAUUCAGAAUAUGGAAGUACUGAUAAAGAAAGUUGUGUGAAAAAUAUGUGUUUUCUGUGAAUAUACCGAAUAUAUAUUCAAUACAAAUAUCUCCUGUGACUAUUAUUGAGAGUAUUGAAUGACUAAAUUUUUUUUUGAUAAAGUGGAAAUCCAAAUUUAUAUAUAGAUAAGGUAUUCAGUAGGUUAAAAAAUUCACUAAAAAGAACAUUUCUUGUUGAGAGAUAUUUUUCAUCUUAUUUUGUAUGAAAGAGUGACAAAUUUAAUGGCCGAACUACUAAGGGGUCUAAUGAGUACCCACAAAGAUAAAUUGGGCUCCCCAUCGACGGGAUCUGAGGAUGGUGGUGGCAUGGAAAUGGGUGACUUGGCUCAAGAACUCGAGCAAGAUGAAUUCGAUGCACCAAUGCUAGCCAAUGGGGAUCGUCCAGCCCUUAUUGCUCCACCUGAGAGUGAAUGGUACCAUGGACGCUUGGAUAGAUAUAGUGCUGAACAACGCCUGAGAUCUGCUUCAAUUUUGGGCAGCUACUUGGUGCGUGAGAGUGACCGUAAGCCCGGUUCGUACGUCCUGAGCUACUUGGGACGCACGGGAAUCAAUCAUUUCCGCAUCACGGCAGUUUGUGGGGAUUUUUACAUUGGUGGCAGACAAUUCUUUUCUCUAAGUGACCUCGUUGGGUACUACACAUCCUGCAGUGAUUUACUAAAGAGGGAACGUCUCGUGAUACCUGUUCCCCCGCCAGAGCCCGUAAAUGACAAGAAGCGCAUUGUGGCAAUACUACCGUAUACCAAGAUGCCGGAUACGGAUGAACUUACUUUCCAGAAGGGUGAUAUAUUCUUUGUUCACAAUGAUAUGGGUGAUGGAUGGUUGUGGGUUACGGCGCAUCGUACCGGGGAACAGGGAAUGAUUUUCAGGGAACUGGUAGAGGACCUAGAUCCGGGCAUUGAUCCCAAUACCGUCUUCCCGUGGUUCCACCCAAAUUGCACAAAGAACGAAGCUGUGGAUAUGCUGGUGAAAGCUGGACCAGGGAGCUUUCUUGUGCGCCCUAGUGACAACUCUCCCGGGGAUUACUCACUCUUCUUUCACAUAAACAACCAAAUUCAGCGAUUUCGUAUUGAGAAGAAAGGCGUGCGGUACUUAAUGGGAGGACGGAAUUUUGAAUGUUUGGAUGCGGUUAUUAAUAGAUACAGGAAGGAGCAAAUAGUCGAAGGACAUACACUCAAUCAUCCCGUUGUGAAUGGUGCUCAGCCCGAAUUUAAUGCUCCACCAAGCAUGUCGGCUGCUGCUGAGAAAAUCUAUGCUACCCUGAGGGAGUGUCGUGAUCAAAUUGGGCAGAAGAAGAUAAAGGGUAUCAAGCAUCAUGGGUACUUAAUGAAGAAAUCCGACAAGAAUGCCAAAUGGAAGCAACUCUACUUUGCUCUCCUCGUUGAGGGCACCGAAACGCAUUUAUGCUUCUACGACAAUCCAAAGAAGACUAAACCGAAGGGACUCAUCGAUAUGUCCUGUGCUUAUUUGUAUCAAGUGCAUGAAUCACUCUGGGAACGCCCAUUGUGCUUUCAAAUUGUCGAAAGAGCCCUACCAUGCCUCGCUACUGUAUCAUUUCUAUGUGCCAACACCCCCGAGAGCUAUGUUGAGUGGAUUAAUGCACUCAAAACACAAUGUGUGUCGCAGUUAAGUAAGGCUCAAUCAAAAGUACCGCGUCUGCGGGAGUUGCGAUGUCUCAAUUUGCAAAUUCUCGAAGCGCAUAGAUUACCAUUUAAAUUAGUACCCCAUCCCUACUGUAGCAUAACGCUCAAUCAACAAGUUAAAAUUGGCAAGACACGCGUUAAAGUUGCUCCAGAUCCUGUGUGGGAGGAGGAAUUCAUUCUAGAUGAUGUUCCUCCAGACAUAGCAACUCUAACAAUUACAGUCCUUAGUCGCGGGAAGAGGGGUAAAGACUCCGAAAUGGCAGAAGUAGUCGUGGACUUGUUAAGCCUCAAAAAUGGCCAAGAAACCGAAGACUGGUACCAGCUAAUUGGUAUGACCCCAAUGGGUGAAUGGGGUUCACUUAGACUGCGUAUGCGCUACUUGGAUGACUUGAUAAUGCCAUGUGAGGAGUAUAGUCCACUGCAGCAGCUACUGCUGGAACCAGAACUAUCUUCCGUGAAAGCUCUCGCAGAGCUUUGCCACAAUGACCGCGUGCCUUUGGCCACAUCACUCCUUCGUGUGUUCCGGCAUGAGAAGCGCGAGACUGAAUUGAUAAAAGUACUGUGCCAAACGGAAAUUGCACGAGAAAAUGAAACUACAACCCUCUUCCGUGGUGCAUCCCUAGCUACCACCCUCAUGGAUCUAUAUAUGCGUGCAGAAUGCUUUGGCUUUCUACAAGCUGCCGUAUCGGACAUCAUCACAAAGAUACUCGAAAGCAAGCAAUCAGCCGAAUUAAAUCCAACAAAAAUGGACGUUAAUGAUGACGCAUGCAACAAUGCGGAGUUUCUCCUACAAAUCCUCGAUCAGGUCACCCAAUCUAUCUUCACAUCCCCCGAAGCAUGCCCCCGGAAUGUCCGCUACAUUUGCAAUUGCCUCCAAAAAGCCGUGGUGAGCAAAUGGCCGUCUGAGCGAUUGGUACGAACGCGUGUUGUAUCGGGAUUUAUUUUUCUACGUCUCCUGUGCCCGGCUCUACUGAAUCCCCGUCAAUUUGGCUUAGUCAGCGAAGCUCCGCCACAGACGGCAACACGUUCACUAGUUAUGAUUGCCAAAUGCCUACAAAAUCUGGCUAAUCUCAUUGAAUUUGGUGGCAAGGAACCCUACAUGGAGGUUGUUAAUCCAUUCAUUUUGAAGAAUAAGGAGCGCAUGAUUGUCUUCUUGGAUCAACUCUCAUCGAUCUCUGAUCCAAAUUUACCUCCUGGAUAUAUCCCCGAAACCAGCUACUCAAACCACAUGUACUCAGACGCCGGACGUGAACUAGCCACACUCCAUCAUAUUUGUGUAUCUCAUCUGCAAGAUCUUCAGGCAUUGUCCAAAACGAACAAUUCAAUUAAGAAAUUGGUCACCGUAACGGAUAUGUUGACGAAACAUAAAUUAAAAUAUAGAGAAAUGAUAAGUUAAUUACUUCACACAAAAAUAUUUUGCAAAAAAGACGAAAAUCAGUAUAUUUCACCGAAUUAUCUUUUACUACUCUCAACUAACGGAUAAAUUAAAAGAAAAAUGUAAAAAAAAAACAUUGAAAAAUAAUGUAAUUAAUCGACAGGAAAUUUAGCAUGAUAAUAUUCACAUUUUUUUAUUUUUCAAAUUAAUUCUCAUAGUUUUUAAAACAAAAAAUAUUAACAAUCAGCUGUAGAAAUUAUAUACACUCCAGUGCUUUUAAAUUUUAAUUAAUAAAAUAAAUUCUUUAUGCAUUAAAAAGAAAAUUAAAUAGAAAGGUAGGAAAAAGGCGAUUGUACUCAAAAUAAUAACACGCAAGUAUAAGAGAUAAGGAUUAUUAUUAUAAUAAAUAAAGGUUGGUAGUCAGGCUGAGAAGGAUCCCAUUUGACUACCCUAUGCAUAGGCUAUAUAAAAUAAUUAUUAUAUAUUAAAAACAAACUAAAAAAAAAGUCAUAAAUUUUAAUAUAAAGUCAUUAUAAUAUUUCUUUUAUAAAUUUUCAUUAAAGAAUUUUUAGGACAUGGCGUAUGCUUUAUGGUUUGUUAGGAAUCGGAUACCUUAAAGCUUUUUUUUAUUUGCUUUGUGCUUUUAUAUUUUAUACCAAAGGAUUGUAUACCACAAAAAAAUUAUUAAAAAAAUGGCCUAGCAAUGCAGAAAAUGGUUGAAAUUAGCAACCAAAAAUGCUCAAUUAGUUUGAUUUAUUUUUCUUUCACGAAUAGAGGGUACAAAAUAAGCUCUUGAGUUGAAGAAAGCUCACUAUAAGCAUAUAAUAUUUUCAUACAGCAGCAAGUAUGACAAGAAAAAGUAAAAAAAAAAAAUGAAAAAUAAUGUAACAAUAGUGUCAAUUAGAUUCCAUUUGUAAUCACUCGUGUUAGCAUUACACUAUAAUACACAAACUAUUAUAUAAAAUAGAAUUAAUCUUGUAAAAC